AUGACUGUACACUUGGGCAAGUCUGCAGGGAGAAUGCACAGCUAUGGGACACUAAAGCGAAGCUAUGUGCUCUUGCCAUUUCUGACCGGGACGCCGGGCCGGAGGGUCCAGCACUGGGGGCGGCGCGGGCAUGUUUCCGCCAGAACCCGCCGGGCGCUGACAGCGCCCCGUCACGCACUCCAGACCCACCAUCCAGAGAUCCCGCAGACCCUCGCGUCCCGCGAACCCCCGGCGCCUCCGGGACGCAGGUGGGAAGCUCUGCGCGCGUUCCGCCCCCUCGGACCUCCGGCGCCUGCCGACCCCCGCCCCGCCGGCCUGCCUCGGUCCCCCGGCCCCCGCGUCCUGCCGACCGCCCCCUACCGCGCGGCCGCACGUCCGUCCGCGGCCUCCCCCCGGCCGAUCUCCUCCCCGGGCCCCGGGCAGCACCGCUCGCGUCCGCCUCCGACCCCGCCGGGGCGCGCGGUCCCUCCGGCCCGGCUCCAGCGGGGCGGCGCCUCGCGGCGGGAGUGCCCGGGGCGCGGGGCGGGUAGCGCCAGGCCGAGCGCGGAGCCAAGGGCCGCGCCGGGACCCGGGCCGGGGCCGCCGCUGCUGCUCGCGUGGCCCCCGCCCGCCGCAGGCGACAGCGGCGAGAGCGAUGUGAGGCUGGUGUCCGAGCAGUUCCCGCAGUCCCCGCAGAAGCUGUCUUUCUACAGCUGCUUUGGCAGCGCCAGGCUCUUCCAAUUCUGCAUGCCCCCAGAUACCUUGCUGCUGCACUGCCUGUUCCAUGUGUCACUGGGAGGCAGCCCCAAGUGCCAACGUGGCAAUCACCAUGCCCACAUCUGA